AUGUCUACUGGAAACUGUCGUUGUGGAGGUGUCAAGUUCACCUACAAAGGUGACCCUGUUGCAAUUGCUGUGUGCCAUUGUAUUGACUGUAGGAAGACAUCUGGAAGCGCUUACGGCAUAAGUGUUAUGAUCCCCGCUGCCAAUUUCGAGGUUUGCGGCACCCCCUCGACAUUUAUCAGCAAGGCAGAGAGUGGAAAUAUGGUUACCAGUCACUUUUGUAGCAAAUGCGGCACCACUUUGUGGGUCGACGGACCUGCUGUUCCCCUCAAGUUCGUCAAGGCGGAUGUACUUGACGAUCCGAAUGCUUUGGACACGGCCAAACCAGUGAUGGAAUUUUAUACCUGCCGGCGUGCUGGUUGGCUGCCCGCCCUCGGUGGCUGUCAACAUAAGGAGAGGAUGUAG